CACCAGUGAAUGCCAGAGAGUUUUUUGAUGGCGACAGGUCUGAAUAUGGUGUUGGAAGCAGAGUGUACUGACCUGUAGGACAGGAAAAGAAAAUACGAGAACCUUGCUGGAAUGGACGAAUCCUUUGAUCCACUCAAGUGUCACGAAGACCUGCCUUCCUCACCCGGGUGCCACAUGGAUUAUGACGAUAUGCCAGAGCUGCAGGAGGUGGAAGAAGACCAGAGGUCUCCGGGGAUAUUUCAGGUUGGUGCCGAAGUGUCUCACCAGGAGCUCAGUUGCUCCCCCAGCACCAACUGGCUCACUGAACUGGCCAACAUUGCCACCAGUCUUCAGAGCCCUUUGCUGAAGGACACUUCACUUAAGAGAUCAUCUCCAGUCCACAUCUUUGGCAACAGUAAUAGUUUACAUUCCUACGCCCGUCCCCCAUUAGCCAGCAGCGCACCCAACCCGUCCAGAGGCCACCUCAGGGAGCGCAGGCGUGUCAGGGCCAGCAGUGAAUCGGAGUCAGGAGUUUUCUCAAUGUCCUCAUCUUUUUCUGAUGAUGAAGACAUGGCCUGGUCUCACUCGUGGCCCUCCACGGCCUGGCAUUGCUUUCUGAAAGGAACUCGCCUGCGCUUCCAUCGUGGUCCUAAUGUUGAGUGGCAGGAAGCAGAUGAACUCCGGGAUUCAGAUGAUGACUCAGAUGAUGAAACCAUGAUGCCAUCUGCCUCAUCUCUCAAGAGAUAUGGUUCACAGGGGCUGAAGUUGGUCAGCCAUGAAGAGACUGUAUCUUUUGGCCAGGCAGUUCUUAAACUGACCUUUGACCCUGGCUCACCUGAAGGCCGUCUUGUAACAGCUGAAUGCCGACUAGAUCACCCAUUUUUUGUUAAAAAUAAAGGAUGGUCUUCCUUUUAUCCAAGCCUUACUGUGGUGCACCAUGGGAUCCCUUGCUAUGAAAUGCAGCUUGGUGAUGUGUGUCUGCCACCAAACCAUCCUGAUGCCAUUAACUGUGAUGACUCAGUCGUCUUUGACACUUUCAGAAGUUACGACUUCACACCACUAGAUUCAUCAGCAGUGUAUGUUCUCAGCAGCAUGGCUCGUCAGCGCAGAACCUCCCUGUCCAGCGGUGGUGCUGUCAGUCCAGACUGUGACAAACUCGAGCGCUCCAGCUCCCCACAAUCCUCAAGUAGCAAAUCAAAUAGAAGCCACACCUCAGGGACAACCAGUGGUUCCACGCCAACAAAAUGCAAGCGGCCAAUGAAUGCCUUCAUGCUCUUUGCCAAGAAAUACAGAGUGGAGUACACACAGAUGUAUCCUGGGAAGGAUAACAGAGCCAUUAGUGUCAUCCUGGGUGACAAGUGGAAGAAGAUGAAGAGCGAGGAGAGGAGGAUAUACACCAUGGAGGCCAAAGCUUUGGCUGAGGAACAAAAAAGACUCAAUCCAGACUGCUGGAAACGCAAGAGAACCAACUCAGGUUCCCAGCAGACUUAAUUAUCCUCCAGAAACCCAGGCUGCUGGUGUUUUGGCAUGUAGAGGAGGUGCCGGACAGAGUCUGAUGGACUGCUUGAUGCGCUCUCCUGUAGUCUUGAUACUCAACUGUGAUGCUCAAUUCACUUCCUUUUUUUUUUCUCCACUUUUUUUAACCUUGAAACAUUAUAGAGACAAACCAGAGUUAUGAACUAUAAACAAAACGUAUAAUCUAGUCACUAACUAGUGCAUAUAUUUUCUUAUAUUUUUAAUGUCAACGAUGUCUUACUCCCCUGAAUUAAGAAUGACCUCGCUCGCAUUUAUUUCAGGUUAUUUCAUACUCAAGGUUGAAAACAAUGACAGCAUGUGGUGCUAUGCUUCAGUGUAGGAGGAGUUGCAAACAAACAAGUCUCUAUUUAUAAUUGUCAACGGGGGAAUGUUAGGUAACUUUUCCACAACUCUUCAUAUUGAUUCUAUUUGUAAGAUUGGUAACCCUUUCAUACAUUUUGUAAUACAGUAUAUAUUCUGCAGCUGAGCUAUGGCUAACAGUUUGUGAUACUACCCUGGCAAGUCUUUAGCUCCACCACCAGGCCGUGUGAUGAGAAUGCAUUCAGCACGUGGUGGGUGGGUUUACACUCGGUCAAAAAGCACUUCAGGCCUUCACUGCGAGUGCUUAUUUCUUUUGCACUUUAUAUAAAUAUGUAAUCUAAUCAUAUACAACCAUUGUAUACUGAUGGCGAAACCUUUUGUACAAAACAGUAUCUUUGUAGUUUGCCGUUUGACACGGUCCCGGCACGGUCGCCGUGAUCUGCUUUCAGGUUGCAAAUGAGUUUUAAUUCCUUUGUUCAUAAUGUACAGGUAUCACAGCCCAAACAACCUCUUGCACAAAAUAUCCUUGUAUCAUAUUAUAAAUAAUUUUUAAAACUUGCAUCUUA